GGCGAGGUGUGCGCGAGCGUUCCCAUGGUAACGGCAAACGCAAAGAAUCCACGCUAUUUGCAGUUAGCUUGUUAGCGGAUAUCAGUCUGUUAACGGAAAACAAACAGAGGGAACAUGUCGGACAUUGGCUCUGAGGAAUUUGACGAUGAGCAACCUUUUCAUGGAGAGUAUGAAGGUGAGCGGAAUGAGGCAGGAGAGAGACAUGGUGCUGGGAGAGCAGUUCUGCCCAAUGGAGACAUCUACCAGGGAAUGUAUGAACAUGGCAAAAGAUCUGGACAGGGAACCUACAGAUUUAAGAAUGGGGCUCGAUACAUAGGGGAGUAUUGCAUGAACCUGAAACAUGGACAAGGUGUUUUCUAUUACCCUGAUGGUUCCAAGUAUGAUGGCUCAUGGGUGGAAGACCAGCGUCAGGGUCACGGGCUUUACACAUAUUCUAAUGGGGACAUCUAUGAUGGAGAGUGGCUACAGCAUCAAAGACAUGGGCAAGGUGUGUACACAUACCAUGAAACAGGUUCUAAGUAUGCUGGCACAUGGGUUAUGGGUAAGAUGGAGUCAGCUGGAGAGUUCAUCCAUUUAAACCACCGAUACCAGGGCAACUUUCACAACAAUAAUCCCUCAGGUCCAGGGAAGUAUGUGUUUGACUUUGGAUGUGAGCAGCAUGGAGAGUAUUUGCGGGUAGAUCAGGAUAAAGGAGAUGCAGAAGAUGAGGAACUUGUAACUACCAAUGUUCUGAAAUGGAAACCCAAAGCUUUGACAGACUUAUCAUCUUGUGUGUCUGAUGCACUGGGUCUAAAGGAUAGCGUCUCUUCAGUCCCGGACUUGUUUGAGGAGGAAAAGGCUCAGAUGCCCCCAGAAGAGCGGAACAUGAGGCAGAGCCCAGCACCAGAAGCCAGUUAGUCUUUAUGGCAAAUGUCAGAGUGACUGGAAUAUAUGUAAGAAACAACACACAAUAGACAGUGGGUUAAACUGAAAUAACCCACAAUGGGGUGGUGCGAUACAACAUAAUUUGACAUUGUAGUAUUUUUGAUUAUUUUUGUAUACCCUCAUGGUCUGAAGUCAGUUAUUUCACCAAUCUUCACAAUUGUUAAUUUAUUAUUAAAUGUCACAGCUCAAUUUUUAAAGAUUUUGUGCUGUGGAACUUGUCUGAGUUAGUAAGUUGGUUCUUUUUGACAUUUAUAAUAAUAUGAAACAGUUCCACCACCAGUAUCUCUCUCUCUCUCUCUCUCUCUCUCUCUCUCUCUCUCUCUCUCUCGCUUUCUCUCUAACAAACAAGCAA